ACGACAAUUACCAGCACUGCUUGAGGAUAGAACUUGAAGCUACCGAAGAACGUUUUUAGAUUGAAUAUUGUUAUUCAGAAAAAUUCCAAUGGAUUCCGAAGAAGCAUUCCCCACGGUAGAACUCGAGGAACGAGACUUGUGGCUUCGAUUCCAAGCACUCACAAAUGAGAUGAUAGUCACUAAGAGUGGGAGGAGAAUGUUUCCAGUUGUAAAAAUAUCGGUUUGCGGUUUGGAUCCAAAUGCGAUGUACACACUCUUGUUGGAGUUCGUCCAAGUGGAACAACAUAGAUGGAAAUAUGUGAACGGAGAGUGGAUUGCCGGCGGGAAGGCGGAAACCCCGCCCCCAAACGUGGUCUACCUCCAUCCGGAGAGUCCCAACUUCGGGGCUCACUGGAUGAAGGAGGCUGUGUCCUUUGCCAAAGUCAAGCUGACUAACAAAGCCAACGGCAACGGCCAGAUAAUGUUGAAUUCGCUUCACAAAUACGAGCCACGAGUACAUAUCGUUAGAGUUGGAAAUGAACAAAGAAAAGUAUUGGCUUACCCUUUUCCAGAGACACAGUUCAUAGCUGUAACUGCUUACCAGAAUGAAGAGGUAACAGCACUUAAAAUCAAGCAUAAUCCUUUUGCAAAAGCAUUUCUUGAUGCAAAAGAAAGACCAGAAAAUAACCAACAAUCAAGAGAUUACCAAACGCAGUGUAAGUAUGAAACAUUUUGUUAAACACUUCUAGAAAAGCCACCUUCUAUAAUUUAAUUAAAUUUAAAUUUAUUUCUAUAAUUUUAGUGUUUGCAACUGUUAGGACACACUCAGAACAAGGACGUCAACCAGUUGGAAUAUGUCUGACCCCUAUAGAUGACAAAAUUCAGUCAGCUAGAUGGUUUUAACUCGACUAGAGAGGCAAAUGUCCUUGUUUUGAGCAUAUCCUUAUCACUAACAAUCUACAAGUUUGAUUGUAUGUGCGGGGAUUUUGAUUAAAGUUAUUAAGUCUGAAAAUGAAAAAAAUUGAAGUGAUUAAAUUUUUAUUGUAAUAUUUUAGUAAAAAAUAAGUACAAUAAAUUAUAAGUAUACAAAAUAAUAAAAAGAAUAUGAAAUAAAAUAAAUAACAAAUCAACAUUAACGUUUGUUAGGACAAUUUUUUCAAUUGUAUAUAUUUACAAUUAUUAUUAAAUGAAUAGCUCAUCAUUUAAUAGCAAAAACAAUCAAUAUUAAUUAAACAAUAAAUAAAUAUUGGCACAAUUGAUAAAUAAAAUUACAGAGCCGUUACUUAUAAAAACUAAAAAAUAUACAUACUUUUAAACUGAUCUUUAUAAUGUAUUUAUGGAUAUAAGAUUAGCUAUGUAUCAUAGAUGUUAUACUAACCAUCUAUUAUUAAAAUAAUUAUCAUUAUUAUUUUAGUGAAACAAUAAACUCUUUUUAAAAUGCUUUGAACUAAAAUCUUUAAAUUUUUAAGGAAAACCAAAAAUUAAACAAAAUAUGCUGCUAACUGAGCCAUCUUAUCUUUUGGUUUUCUUUGUUUGUGUUUUGAACCUCCACGGCCUCUAUAUGACCUGCCCGACUUGGUACGGAUGGAAGCACGAUGAGAUCUAACAAGAGGUGCGAAUUCCAUCGAACAAAAUACGCAUCCUGACAUUUCAGUCAGGCCAUCUGGAAGUUUGGUUUUUUCUUCUUUAUAUUCAACUUUGAGAAUUUGAGCACCACAUUCGCAUUUCCUGUCUUCGACUGAAACCUUUUGAGCAUCAUCGAAUAAAUGUACAAUCACAUCGCACUUAUUACAGCAUAUCUUCCACUUUGGUCCUGAGCCAGGAUCAAGCACAAGGAUGCCUUCACACUCAAGACAGACAGACAAGCCAUUAGCAAUAAGUGACUGAGGACAAGUAGGGUGGGUACACAAAUCACAGCCAGACCCUUUUUUCAUGUCCUUAAAUGGAGGAGAGUUAUAACAAUACGGGCAGAAUGGGAAACUUUUCGAACCAUUAGACCACCACAAAAGUUCGAAGUCAUCAAGAGGACACCUUAAUUCUUUAUAUAUCCUUAUAUUUCCAUUCUGAGGAACUGAAUAAGUCUCAUCGCAGUGAGAACAAUGGAGUCUAGAUGGCUUUGUUUGUAUAUAUUUUAAAUACCUGCGACAUUUACCACAGCGUGACUGAGGCUUUCCUGAAUCUGCCAAAGAUGAAAAAGUAACCUCGAAAAGUUGAUCCAUUCCUUCAAUAUUUGUAACAAAAUACAGGAACUUUUGUUUAAAAAUUUCAACCGUAUGGCUUAAAACAGAAUGGAAAUCUGCUAAUCCCUGAGCUAUGAGAUUCAACUGUUUUUCCACAGCAGAUCUCAUUGUUGGUAGGACCAAAUCUAUAUCAAUUUUUUGGUAACCAUGUACUAAAACUAUUCCAAGCGCUGUCGGUAUUAGUUUUCUUCCUGAACCAACUUUAACAUAGUUUCUUUGGCAUAUAUUAUUAAUAUGAACAGGAAUAGAUGCAUCUGUACCAAUCCCAUGUUUUUCCAUAAGUGUAAUUAAUUCUGCUUCAGUUAAAUAAUCAGGAGGUCCAGUCUGACGUUCAAUUAAUUUCAUUUCUUGAACUGGAAUUUCUUCAUCGAUUUGAAAUGUUGGCAUCACUUCAUUUUUUGGUAAGGACUGCCAAUGUAAAAUGGAAGUAUAACCGGGAGAAGUAAGAGUUUUUCCUGUAAGGGUGAAUGGUUCAGAACCGAUCAUAAAUUUUACAACAUUUAAAAUAUAUUUACAAUCUCGGGCAAGCGUAGAUGCAAAAUGACGACAAAUAUAAUCGUAUACUCUCCAUGAUUCUUUAUCAAGUUCUCCAGCUAACUUCAUAGGGGUGAUCGGUGGAUGGUCACCAGCAUCAUGACCUUUUCUUGGAGUUGAUAAACCAUCUCUUAAAAUUGCUUUUACUUCAGCUCCUAUAUCGUUACUGUUUUGGAGGAUUUUUAAUGUCCCAGUUAGAUCAAAACUUGCAGGAUAGUGAGUGGUUUCGGUUCUAGGAUAACUUAUAUAGCCUUGAGUAUAUAACUUUUCAGCAAUCUGCAUUACAUUUUGAGGUGACAUGCCUAAUAAAGAACUCCCGACUCUCAUUAAUUCAACAGUAUUAAGAGCUAAAGGUCUAGCUUUGGUCUUUUCUUUAUUUUCUACAUUUACAACUUGAGCCAUCUCUGUUCCUUUGAUUGAAUUAAGGAACAUUGAUGCAACAUCUUUCUCAAAGCAUCUUACUCUGUCCCAAUCGAGAGUGAUUUUUCGGCCAUCCGUAAGAGCUAAUUUUGCUUCUAUUAACCAGUAUGGUUCUGGUUUAAAUGUUUGAAUUUCAUCAUGUCGUUUGACACAAAAACCUAAUGUAGGGGUUUGGCAAGGUCCAUAUGAUAUGAGACUAGCAUCAAGAUCUCCAUAUUUGCCUUGAAAAAAUUUUGUUUGGUAACGAGUAAAUGCACAACCAAUCCUAAGAUCUAAUUCUUGUCGAGCAUCUACUGAACGAGCUUCAUUUUCAUUUGGUCUAACUAAAUUUGCCAUUGCUCCUUUAAUUUCUUUUUCAGUAAUAGCAGAAAACUUUGCUCUAUAAAUAUAAUCGGGAUUACCUUGGUACUUCAUACUAUUUUGUACAGCAUGAAUCACUUCAAAGCAUAUAUUCUCCCCUUCCUUAUCACAAUCGAGCCAAAGCACUAAAUAAUCUGAACCUUUAGCUUCCUGAGCAAGAAAACCAGGCAUUCUAAGUUUAGGAGUGGCUUCUUUCUUUUCGGUAGGUGCAGAGAACAAUUCCACUGGAUCUACACUGUCCCAAUUGUUGUAUUUUCCAAUGAAAUCUAGGGCCAUUACAUGACCACAAACUGAAGUCAUAAUAAAUAUAACAUCAUCAUUUUUAAAAUAACCAUUCCACUGAUGAACAGAACAGGCUCCGUUGCUACCCUUUCGAGUUUUGGACUUUCCAUCGCUUAAUAUGCUGGCUAAACUUUGAGCUAGGGAGGGUUUCUCAGCGACCAUAAAUACUUUCUUCAUUUUUAUGAUUGAUAAAUAUCACUGAAUCAAAUCAUAUCAUUUUUCGGAUAGCAAAAGAUUGAAUAGAACACUGAAACGAAUAUAUAUUGAUAAAACUCCCGACGGAGAUAAUAAGUAUACAAGUAAACAACAGAAACCUUUAACUGUAUAACCUUAACCGGC